UCCUUUCUUUCUUUUCCCUCUUCCUCUUUCUUUCUUCCAGCUGAAAUAGUUCCUCCACUUCCAGCCUAUAUGUUCUACCUCCACCAGCCAGCCACCACGACGCCGAAUCAGUCUCUCAUCCCCCGGCACUGCCUCACCGGCUUUCUCCCUUUCCGUCUUUCGUGCAACCAACGGCUGGCCACACCCCACGAUGUAUGAAGCAACUGGAUCAAACAAGAUGAUUGGGAAGGAUUCAUUUCUAAGAGAUUAUCUCCUCAGUGGGCUGAGCUAAGAAAAAAGAAUCAAGGUGCGCAGGCACUGAACAAAUACAAUCACCGCACAAGACGGGGUGGUUACAAACAGAUAGAGCAACAACUUGAAGCAGAAUUAGGCCAUAAACUAAUAAAUUUUUAUAGAGCAGAUAUGUGGUUAAUGAUAAGAAAGGACAAAAAAGGAGAGUCAACUGACGAUGUAGCAUCAAUUAUGGAGAAGAUUGUUGACUACAAACAAAAGGUAGUAGAAGGAACUUUGGUGGUGGAAGGAUCCAACGAUGUCCUAACUUUGGCUUUGGGCACCCCUGAGCAUUCUGGACAUGUUAGGGGGAUGCCUAAAGGUGUCACCCCUACCCAAUUUCUUAAGACACCAAAGCCUAAGAGAAAAAUCAGCUUGAAGUAACUACUUCAGAAGAUAGCCGCAUUAAUAGGCUGGAAGAGCAACUUCGACAAUCUGAUGAGAGGAACCGUCGAACUGAGGAGAAGUUAAAUCAAUUGAUGGAGCAAUUUAGAUCCACACAUAGCAAUAUCGGUGAGUCAUCGCAUGCAUCUGGUUCUUGUGUGGGAAGAGCAGCCUCUAAUGUAUCACCACCACCACCACCACUAGCACCAUAUGUUGAACAAGAGAUUGUUCCACUAGUAGUAGCACCACCGCCACCACCACUAGAACCCCAUGUUCAACAAGUGCUUGUUCCACAAAUACUAGCACCACCACCACAUGUUCAACCAAUGAUUACUCCACCAGAACCACAAGUUCCGCCAACUAUGCAUGAGAUAUUCUUAUUACCAUAAUCAACUUAGCAAAUGUUAAUGCUUAAUAAUUUCACUAUUGUACUAUAUUUAUUAUUUCUUUCUAACGCAUCAUAUUAAAUGCAAGCUUGCUAUCAAAACGAGGGACAACAUAGUUGCAUUGGGAUACAUCCUUAAGACUCAUAGUACAAAUAUCCAUGGAAAAAAGAUGCCUAAAGAAGUUGCUUGUGUAGUCGUUGAGGUAGCCCACAAUGAGAUGGCUAGGCUACAAUUUCCUAAUUUGAAUGCUGGGAUCACUUUGGUAGGUCAAGCAGUUAGGGUACCAGUAGCAUGGCAUAAACAUCUUAUUAUCGACGAAAGUGAGCGGGGACAAGUAAUGUCUAUAAGUUUUUAUCGCCUAACUUAUUUUAUUUUGAAAUUUAUUUUAUUUUACCUUUUCCUUGGGUCAUAAGCAGAAGAGAAAUCAAGAAGAUAUUGAGGCGAUGAUACCUUCUACUCAACAUCCACAACCCCCAAAGCUUCCGCGUGUAGAGCCAUUGAUACAGGAGCUAGUGUCAUUCUCUCACAAUGAUUCAGCAUUUAUGUCAAGCAAUUUGACCUCUUUAUUGAAGUUUGUAUCACCAUGGGAUAAUGAAUACCACAAGAAGAUUAAUAUCCCAUCGCAUGUUUUUGGAUACAACACGAUUGCUACGCUUUUCAAGGAUGAUGUGACGCAAUUUUGCAACAUGGACAAGAUUAGGCAAACUCCAAUGAUAUUGUAUUUGAGGUUGUUGGAUGAUAUACUACAUACCAAUGGGUUGGAUCAUUUGUACACAUUUCAACAUCCAGGUGAAGUUAGUGUAGGUCAUGAUAAUAAGCGUGCCCAAGCACUUAAAGAUCGAUUCAUUCAAAUGGGCGAGAAGCAGUUCCUUAUUUGUCCCUGGAAUAACAAUGCUUUCACGCUAUAUGAUACGGAAAAAGGAAAAAGAGUUGCUGACAACAACCAAAAACCACAGAGUGCGAUAUCUACUGCAUGA